AUAUAUUUGCAUGUCUGAGUUUUUGAACUGUGUUAUACUAGUUUUUCCAGAUAGCAUAUACUAGUAAUGUGAUUUAUGGUGAACACUUGCUUUCCUUCCGGGAAUCUGGAGCUUCAAUAACAGGAGAUGUUUCACAAAGCGGACGAAUUCUUUCCCAAGACGACAAAUGACGAAGUUGAUGACAUGGACACUUCGGAUACCCAGUGGGGCUGGUUUUACUUGGCAGAAUGUGGCAAGUGGCACAUGUUUCAGCCGGAUACCAACAUUCAGUGUUCAGUUAGCAGUGAAGAUAUCGAAAAAAGCUUCAAAACAAACCCUUGUGGCUCCAUUUCUUUUACUACUUCCAAAUUCAGCUACAAGAUAGACUUUGCAGAGAUGAAGCAAACAAACCUCAUCACUGGAAAGCAGCGCUUAAUAAAAAGAGCCCCCUUUUCUAUCAGUGCUUUCAGUUACAUCUGUGAAAAUGAGGCUAUUCCAAUGCCAUCACACUGGGAGCAUGUGAAUACUGCAGUGCCCUAUCAGCUCAUUCCUCUGCAUAACCAAACACAUGAAUACAACGAAGUUGCUAGUCUCUUUGGGAAAACAAUGGAUCGCAACCGAAUUAAAAGAAUUCAGAGAAUCCAGAACUUAGACUUGUGGGAGUUCUUUUGCAGGAAAAAAGCCCAGCUCAAGAAAAAAAGAGGUGUGCCUCAGAUUAAUGAACAAAUGCUGUUUCAUGGUACCAGCAGUGAAUUUGUGGAAGCAAUUUGCAUUCAUAACUUUGAUUGGAGAAUAAAUGGUAUACACGGUGCUCUCUUUGGAAAAGGAACCUAUUUUGCUAGAGAUGCUGCUUACUCCAGUCGCUUCUGCAAAGAUGACAUAAAGCAUGGAAACACAUUCCAAAUUCACGGUGUCAGCUUGCAACAGCGGCAUCUAUUUAGAACGUAUAAAUCUAUGUUUCUUGCUCGAGUGCUAAUUGGAGAUUACAUAAAUGGAGACUCCAAAUACAUGCGACCUCCUUCCAAAGACGGGAGCUAUGUGAAUUUAUACGACAGCUGUGUGGAUGAUACCUGGAACCCAAAGAUCUUUGUGGUUUUUGAUGCCAACCAAAUCUAUCCUGAGUACUUGAUAGACUUUUGUUGAUUGCACGUCCAAAUCUCAGUGAUCGAGGAGGUUUUACUCUCUUUUGCAGGAGGGUUUGUUCACUAGUCACCUAGCCACUAAAUGUUGAUGAUCUCAUGCUGUUAAAACAGAUAUGAGGAGAAAGUGGCCUCCCUAUAAAAAGACACACUGACUU